AUGUUCUUCAAAAAGCGCAACGAGGGCGCCGCCGUUGACACAAUGACGCCGACGACAGACCGGCCCGCCUCAUCGCGUACGAGCAAGACCCCCGAUGAUGACGAUGACCAGCAGCGGCGGCAUCACCAGCCUGCUCAGCACGCCCUCGCGCACACCUCGACAACCCGCUCCGAGAUCCAGUACCCGUCCGGCCUCAAGCUCUUUCUCAUCAUGCUCUCCAUCUUGGUGUCCAUGUUCCUCGUCGCAUUGGAUCGCCUCAUCAUCGCCACUGCAGUGCCCCAGAUCACUGACGACUUUCACUCCGUCACCGAUAUAGGCUGGUACGGCUCUGCAUACCUCCUUACCACCUGCGCCUUCCAGCUCCUUUUCGGCAAGCUCUACGCCUUCUUCCCUAUCAAGACCGUCUUCCUCGCUUCCAUUGGGCUCUUCGAGCUCGGCUCCGCCGUCUGCGGCGCCGCCCCCUCCAGCGUCGCCUUCAUCGUCGGCCGCGCUCUUGCUGGCAUCGGCGGCGGCGGCAUCUUCGCCGGCACCAUCGUCGUCAUGAUCCAUUCCGUCCCGCUCCACCGCCGCCCCAAGUACCAAGGCGCCUUUGGCGCCGUCUUCGGCAUUGCCUCCGUUGUCGGCCCCCUGCUGGGCGGCGCCUUUACAAGCAAGGCUACCUGGCGUUGGUGCUUCUACAUCAACUUGCCCCUCGGCGGCGUCGCCCUGCUGGUCAUCGUCCUCGUGCUGAGGCCGCCCGACCAGGAUCUUGGGGACGCCUCGCUUUGGGAAAAGUUAAGGCAGCUGGAUUUUGCCGGGACGACAGUGCUUGUGCCAGGCGUCGUUUGUCUUCUCUUAGCGUUGCAGUGGGGAGGCGUCGAGUACGCAUGGAACAACCCGCGUAUGAUCGCUCUCCUCGUCCUCGCCGCCGUCCUCCUUGUCUCCUUCAUCGCCGUCCAGAUCCUCCUCCCAGAAACCGCCACUGUGCCCCCCCGCAUCAUGCGCAACCGCUCCAUCGCCUUCGCCUCCUGGGCCGCUUUUUUCAACGGCGGACACAUGAUGAUUUUCGCCUACUUCCUCCCCAUCUACUUCCAGGCCAUCCAGGGAGUCUCUGCCGUCGAUUCCGGCAUCCGCACCCUCCCGCUCGUCCUUUCCAUGACCGUCUUCGCUAUAGUCUCGGGCGGUGUCAUCACCCGCCUCGGUUACUACACCCCGGUCAUGCUCCUGGGAACCUGCAUCCUGGCCGUCGGCGCUGGCUUGCUCACUACCCUCCAGGUCCACACGGGCGCCGCGAAGUGGGCGGGCUACCAGGUCAUCUACGGCAUCGGCAUGGGCAUGUCUUUCCAGGCGCCCAAUCUCGCCGCACAGACGGUCCUGAAGAUCAAGGACGUGCCCGUGGGUACGAGCAUCAUGUUUUUCUCCCAGACGCUGGGCGGCGCCAUCUUCAUCUCGGUCGGGCAAAACGUGCUCAACAACGAGCUCGUGAAGCGCAUCAGGGGCAUCCCGGGACUCGACGGCAUCGACCUCAAGGGCUCGGGCGCCACGACGCUGACGAAGCUGCCGGCCGAGGUGAGGGAUCCUGUGCUGGAGACAUACAACGACGCGUUACAGGUCGUCUUUGUCGUCGGCCUGGUACUGGCCUGUUCUGUUCUGAUCGGCGCGGGCGGAAUGGAGUGGAAGAGUGUGAAAAAGGAGCAGCAGGCCAAGGCUAAGGCGAUGGCGGACGCGGAGAUGGCGGAGACGGCGCUUGCUGGUGGAGUUUCCGGUGUCGUAGCGGCUGCUGCUGUUGCCGGAGGUCAGAGGGAAGAGAAGGAAGCCGACGAUGAGAGUGAGAAGGAGCUAGAUGAUGAGAAGAUUCGGGAACGCGUCGCGGAUGGCCAUGCCAUUCCCGUCAGUAUGGAAAAGGAGUCGGACAACAGUACCGUCUCUCGUCAGGAGGACGAGGUGACCACUGCCAGGUCGGAGCUUGGAGCAACAAAGAACAACUAA